UAUGCCUCGCACCACAUUAUAUUCUACAUCUGUGGAGCUCUACAUACAAUCUUCAGCCUCACCGAGGAAAGGAAAUGAGUGGUGCAUUGGAAGACGAAAAGAAAGAACCAGAAAAAAAUGAGCCUCAUCAAAGGAAGCACCAAUCUUAACACUUUAACAGGCACCAAAGAUCAAUCUUGUCCUAGCUGCGAGGUUUCCAAACAAAGUAUAACUCUUAUAGGUGUGUCCCAACAAAGUUACAAAGCGAUAUGAUAGUAGAGGUUGAUGAUGUGCUCUUUCAUCUUCAUAAGAAGUUCCCGUUACUUUCGAAGAGUGGUCGACUGAACAAGCUCGUGUUCGAAGCCCGAGACACGGAGAACGAAUACAUAAAGCUUGAGGGAUUCCCAGGAGGAGCAAAAUCAUUUGAGUUAGCAGCAAAGUUCUGUUACGGAUCGAUUCCACUUCACAUGAGUGCAUCCAAUGUGGCGGCGCUUCGGUGUGCGGCGGAGUAUCUGGAAAUGAGAGAAGAUUUGGGACAGGGGAACCUCAUCUCCCGAACAGAAGAGUUUCUCAGUUAUGUAGUAUUGGUCUCAUGGCUCGACUCCAUCACUCUCCUUAGGACCUGCGCCCACCUUUCUCCCUGGGCCGAAGAUCUGCACAUUGUGCAGCGAUGCGUGGAAUCCAUUGCAUGGAAAGCAAGCACAGAUCCCAUUCUCAUUACGUGGUCAUUCACUAGUACUACUAGUACCCACCACCAAUACACGCCCCCUACUCCUCUGAAAUGUAAACUAGAUCUGCAAAGGCAAGUACCCAAUUGUAUGAGCAUCCAAAGUACAGAGGAAAUAUAUGUGAAUGAGAGCACCGAUUCGACAGAAAAUGGGCAAGCGGAAAUCGAGAAGCUGAGGGGGGAACUGAGCGAUCUUCAGAGAUUUUGCAAGAGUGUGGAGCAGCAGUUGGGGAAUAUUUGGAGGCCCUCUGUGCGGAGGUUUCCUUGGAACAAACACAAAACAUCAUUCAGUGCACGCAGUAAUAAUAUGACCCCUUUGCCAAGUCCUCAUCCAAAAGAAGGUCCAACAUGGAAUCCUGUGAAAUGGCGAAGGAAUUCAUUCCUGUAGAAAUGCCUGACUUUUGUUGAUGAUUGAUGCUGCAGUUCGAUCAUGCAGCUCCAGCAUGGAUGCCAAAAAUAGAUUCAGAGCUUUCAGUUUUAAUUCAGAUCUGUAGUUUGCUUUUCUAGUUUAUUCUUAGUGUAAUGCAUAAACUUGUGUUUUGUUUUAAUCAUCAGUCAGCGAGCUGUUCUUUCUGGCUGCAAACUUUAUUUAUUUUCAGCCUUUGUAGUUUUGAACACGCCUCUAAGAAGACUGUUUUGUAACAGUAAUUUAAUCUGAGAAAUAAUAUGAGAAUUCAAUUCUGAGGUGUUCGCUGGAUUGAUCAA